AUGUCAUCCACCUAUAAAAAAUUGGGAAUUGAAUUUAAACCCUUUACUAAAGAUCAAAUUUCUGACUCAAUAGCUUAAAUUCAAUCUAUGAGAUUAGAACAAAUACUUGUUGGAGAGAGUGAAUAAUUUGAUUGGAAUAAUUUGCUCUAAAAACCUGAGUUAGUUGAUUGUGUGAAUUUAGAAUAGAUUUAACCAGACCUAGAUGAAAAUAAAUAGGUUGGACAAUUUAGUGCAAAGAAGACAUUGUUUUUAUUCAAAAUUGAUGAUCCCUUUAGAAGAAGCGUUACCUCAUUUUUAAGCAAUAAGUAAGAUAAGUUCUAUAAUUAGAGCCUUGAGUAAUUUUAUAAUUGUAAUUACAAUACUAAAUAUAGUUGCCUAUUCUAUUCCUUAAAGUAAUGUUUCAAUUGGAAUAGAAGUAAUAUGUAAUAUAUUCUUUGGGAUUGAAAUAAUUCUGAGGGUCAUAUCUUAAGGGCUUAUAUUUGAGGAAAACACUUAUCUUAGAGAUAAGUGGAAUUGUAUUCACUUUAUUUCCUUUAUUUUUGGUUGGAUAAUACUAAUUGAUUAUGAUCACAUAGUCUUAACAAUUUUGAAGACAAUAAGAUUAUUACGAGUCAUUAGAUUGUCUGAAGAAAUAUCACCUUUAAAGAUUUAAUUAGAAGCCUAUAUUAGUAGUUUUUCUAAGUUGGGAAUAGUAAUAGUACCUUUUAUUUUUUUUUUGCUUUAUUUUAGUGUAAUAGGAUUACAUUUUUUUAUGGGAUUAACUACAAUGAGAUGUAGAUUGACUCCAGAACCUGAAGAUGGUAUAUGGGAAGCUUCAGAAGAAGUACCAUAUUUAUGUGGUAUUUAUGAAUGUCCUGAACACUUAACUUGUGGGAGUCCAUAUCAAUAUGGUUUAGAAUGGGAUCAUAAGGAAAAUGAUUCUGAAGAGUUUAUGUGGAAUUUUUUAAGAUUUGACAAUUUACCUAAUUCUUUAUUAGUAAUUUUUACUUAUUUUUGUUUAAUUGGAUGGUCUGAAACUAAUUAUAUGGUAAUUAUUAUUAUGAUUAUGUUUUAGUUUUGGAAAGCUAUGACUACAUAUUUUACAGCUGGAUUCUUUCUUUUAGUAUUAGUUUUUUUAGCCUUUAUAUUUUCAAAUUUAUUGCUUGCAACUUUUUAUGAAUCUUUUAUUGUUAAAUCUUCUAUUAAAAAUUCACAUUAAAAAGUUAAGAAAUAAUAAUAAUAAAUUGAGACUGAAAUAAAUCAAAAAAAAUAAUAAUAAAUGACUGAUAGACUAGCACUUAUGAGUAAAAAAAGAAAAAGUAUGAAAUAGGAAUAAAUAUAAAAUUCAAAUUUUACAUUAUUCUUUUAAGAUCAUUAAUAAAAUGGUUUUAAAAAAGGAAUCUCAUUAACUAAUAUUUCUAAUGAAUUAUCUUAAUCAAUUUACUUUGCAUUUAUUAAUAACCUUAUAAUUAUUUUAUGUACAUUAUCAAUUGUUAUAGAUUAUGAUGGUUUAGAUUAAACCAUGCUUAUUAAAUUACAAAUCAUAGAGUUUGUUUGCACACUUUAUUUUUAUUUUGAAUUGUUAAUUUUCUUUUUUGCAAAAGGAAUAAAGAACUAUUUUAAAAAACCAAUAAAUUAUCUAGACUUUAUUGCAAUAAUAUCUUAAUUAAUUUUAUUUUGUAUUCUGUAUAUUUUAGAUGAAAAUGUUAUUAUAAAUCAAAAUAGAAUUAUAUAAGUAUUCAAGGCUAUAAAGUUGAUAAGAAUUAUAAAAUUUUCAUAUUCAGCUAAAAUCUUUUAUCAUAUUAGUAUUUUGACUCGAGCAGCUAUUCAAACAAUAGCUAAAUUGAAAUCAAUAAUUUCUUUAUGGAUUAUUUUUGCCAUAUUUAUAGCAUUAGUAGGUAAUGCCUUAUUGAAAUAAUAAUUAUCUGAUCAUGAAACUCCAAUUCAUUAUAAUGAUUUUAGUAAUUCAUUAAUGGCAGCAUUUAGUAUAUUCUAUAAUGAAGAAUGGCAUCUAACUAUGUAUAGAUAUGGGAGAGUCACUCCUAUAUCAUUUAUUUACCAUAUAAUAUCUAUAUUAUUAGGAUAAGUCAUAUUCAUUAAAUUAUUAUCAGCAGUGUUUUUAAAUGAAUUUACUAAAUAAGUUAAAAUCCAAGAAUAGAAUGUUAAACCAAUUGAAUAUAAGUAGGCUGCCAUAGAUUUAAUGACAACAUUUAAAUAAUUUACAGUAUUAAAUAGUUAUAUAUAGUUAUAGUCUUCAAGUUAAUUAAGAUCAACUCAUUAAUUAACAAGGGGUAUAUCUAAUUUUCCAGGUAAUAAAUCCUUAAUAUAGAAUGUAAGAUAAGGUAUCCUAAGAAAUUUGAAAUUAAAUAAAAAAAUUACAAAAAUAAUAGUACCUUAGAAAUCAUAAUUGGAAUUGGAUAAUUUAGAUUUUUUAAAAGAUUAAUAGUUAAAUACAAACAAACCUUAAUUUAAUGAAAAUGAGAAUGAUGAAUUAUUGCAUCAACCAUAAGCAAUUUUAUAAAGAUCAAGAGAUUUAAGUAUUUAAGUUGAUUAAAAUAUUGUAACCAGUUAACAAUAAAUAUAAACUAAAGUUUAAGUGAUGAAGACAUUAUAUGUAUUUAAUGUGGAUAAUUAAUUUCGUUUGCAUGUACAGAUGAUAAUAAAUUCGAGAAUAUUUAAAAUAUUGGGAUUUAUUGCUGUUGGAUUAUCUGCUAUUAGAACUAUGUUAGUAACUCCAUUAUUAGAUCCUCAUUCUCAGCUUUAUAUAAGUUUAGACAUAUUAUACAUUAUAAUAACAAGCUUAUAUUGUCUUUUUAUAUUUCUUCAUAUUAUAGCACAUGGACUAUAUGGAAAUUAAAAUGCUUUUUUAACAUAAUCCUUUUAUAAUGUUUUAAAUUUUAUAAUAACUGUUAUUGAAAUUGUUGUAGUUACAACUUCUAUUCGAAAUCAUGUUAUUAAUUUUAUAUCAAGUCUUAGAGUUUUUGAAUUUAUAAAAUUAGGGGCUGAAAUUAAUCAUAGUAUCAAAUAUGCCUAAGUAGCUUUGAUUAAUGCAUUAGUCAAAAUGGUUUAAUUAAGCAUAUUUUGCUUUAUUCUUUUUUUAGUAUAUGGAACAUUUGCAAUGAAACUUUUAAAAGGAUAUAAUUAUUAUUGCACAGAAGUAGAUUAAGAAGAAUAUCAAGUGCAUUCUAAUAUUGAUUGUAUGGAUUAUGGAGGUUCAUGGUAAAAACAUAGAUUAGGUUUUGAUAAUAUAUUGGAUAGUGCAUUGACUCUAUUUGUAAUAGUAACAUCAGAAGGUUGGUCACCAAUUAUGGAAUAAAUAUGGUCAAUAAGAGGAGAGAAUCAAACUCCUGAAGAAAAUUAUAAUAGGUAUUGGGCGAUUUACUUUUAGGUAUUCUUUUUUAUUGGAAAUACAUGCAUGCUUAAUAUGUUUAUAGGGUUAGUAGUAAGCACCUAUGAUGAAUCAAAAUUGAAAGCUGAAGGUACUUAUGAAUUAGAAGGUAAUUAAAGAGAAUGGUGUGAUAUUAAAAAAUCAAUUCAUAAAUUAUAACCAAAAGUAAAAUCAAGAAAACCAAAGACAUUUAUUAGAAAGAUAGCAUUCUUUUUAGUAAAGAAUUAAUUUUUAAAGAAAAUAUACUUAGUAGUUAUUUUUAUCAAUACUUUAUCUUUAAGUCUUUGUUAUGUUAAUCAAGGAGUUCAAUAUAAAAAUAGUUUGGAAAUUAUUAAUUUAGUUUGUAUUCUAAUUUUUAUUUUUGAAAUUGUUUCUAGAUUUAUAGCCAAAGAAUUUAAAAUCUAUUUUAAAGAGUUAAUAAAUAUAAUAGAAAUAUUUGGAAUUUGGAUAUGUUUAGCUGAAAAGAUAAUAGAUUUAAAUGGGAUUGGAGAAUUUUAUUUUUUGCGUUGUUUUAAGGCUUUUUCAGUAUCAAUUUAAAUGUUAAGAAAUUUUAGAAUUAUUAAGUAAAAAUUAAAUUAUAUAAUUUAAGACGUUUCAAUCGAAUAGAAAGAUUAUUUCAUUCAAUAUUUUCUGUAAUACCUAAUGCAUUAUCUAUGUUAUAUAUUAUGUUUGUAUUUCUGUUCAUCUAUACGAGUCUUGGAAUUGAUAUGUUUUGUUAUUUAAGACCAUAAAAAUAUAUUGAUGAUUUUGAUGUACAUUUUAGAAAAUUUACAACUGCAAUGUUUUCAUUAGUUAGAGUUGCAAGUUCAGAAUUAUGGUGGGAAUUAUUGGUAGAUGCAUUACAUACUAGAAGUCCUGAUUUUGCUUGUAUAGAAAUUGAUGAUUACUAAGAUUUUUUAGUAUAUGGUUAUAAUGGAUGUGGUACUAAUAUUGCUUAUGUUUACUUUAUAACAUUUCAUUUGAUAUUUUCUUUGGUUUUACUUAAUUUAUUCAUUGCUUCUAUUUUAGGAGCUUAUGAAGAACAUGCUAAAUAGGAACAGAAUGCUAUAUCAAAAUAUUAAUUGAAUGAUGUUUUGUCUUAUUGGGUAGAAUAUGAUCCAUAUGGAUCAGGGUUUUUAAAUUAUAAAUAAUUUUGGAGGCUUUCUUCUCAAAUUGCUAUAUGUUUUGGAGUUAGUGGAAAAGAUUUGUUGAACCCAGCAAAUAAGAAGAACUUUUUAAAGGCACUUAACAUACCUUUAUAUGAGGAAAAGAGUGGUUUAAUGGGAUAUUUGUUUCAUGACGUAAUUGUAUCUCUUACUAAGAUUAGUGUUGAAUUAAAAUAUGGAGUGAAAGAGUAAUUACUAUUAUUAUUUUAUAGCUUAGAAAAGAAAAAUUAAUAAGAAAAUGAAUUUAAUCAUGAUUAUUAUAGUUAAUUUGUAAAGACUCCAUAUAAUAGUGGAUAAAUGACAGCCAUUAUUUAUUUAUAGAAUAAGGCAAGAACUUUAAUAAAUAAAAAAAGAGGGAUAAACUUUUUAAAUAUUGAGGCUUUAAGAUAAGAAUUAUAACAAUAAGCUGAAAAUUAAUGA